AUGGAAGGAGAGUCCAGUUUUUCAGUUGCUGCACCACCAGUCUUCGAUGGAGACAAUUACCAGAUGUGGGCAGUUCGCAUGGAGACUUACCUGGAGGCUUUGAAUCUUUGGGAAGCUGUAGAAGAGGAUUACGAGGUCCUACCACUUCUAGCAAAUCCUACUGUGGCACAGAUUAAGGCACAAAAGGAAAAGAAGACAAGGGAAUCAAAGGCAAAAGUUUACUUAUUUGCAGCUGUGUCUCAAAUGAUUUUCACACGAAUAAUGUCUCUGAAAUUAGCAAAGGAAAUCUGGGAUUACCUCAAGGUUGAGUAUGCAGGAGAUGAGAGGAUUCAUGGAAUGAAAGUCCUGAAUCUAGUUAGGGAUUUCGAGUUGCAGAAGAUGAAGAAGUCUGAGUCAGUGAGAUUGCUUGGUUCUGAGUUGAACGACUCUAGAAUCGUAGAAAAGCUACUGGUCACUGUUCCAGAGAAGUUUGAAGCCACCAUUACUACUCUGGAGAACACCAAUGACCUGUCAAAGAUCUUUCUUGCAGAGCUCUUGAAUGCUUUACAAGCACAAGAGCAGAGAAGAUCCAUGAGGCAAGAGGGAGUGAUAGAAGACAGAGAAUCAAGUGAGAGCUGGUUGAUUGAUAGUGGGUGCACAAAUCAUAUGACGUAUGAUAAUGAGCUCUUCAAGGAAUUGAGAAACACUGAAGUCAAAAGAGUGAGGAUUGGAAAUGGUGAGUACUUGAAAGUCAAGGGAAAAGGCACAGUAGCUAUUACAAGCUAUGAAGAUACAAAAUUUAUUUCAGAUGUUUUAGAUGCUAAUGGAAGAGACUUGUUUAAUGUCGAAAUGAAGGGAAAAAUUUUUGCUCUUAAUCCAAUGGAAAAUGAGCAAAUGGCUUUUAAAUCCAGAGUUAGUGACACUGAGACUUGGCACAAGAGACUUGGGCAUUUUCACCAUCGAGGAUUGCUUCAAAUGCAGUCGAAGAAGCUGAGAACACCAUCGUUAAAUGGUAACCUCUAUUACAUAGCCUUUAUCGAUGAUCUAACAAGAAUGUGUUGGAUUUUCUUGUUGAAACAAAAAUCAGAAGUUGCUGGUGUGUUCUGGAAAUUCAAAGCCAAAGUUGAGAAUGAAAGUGGAUGCAUGAUUCAGAUUUUAAGAUCUGAUAAUGGCAAGGAGUACACUUCAGAAACCUUUAAUAGGUUUUGUUAA